CAAAGCAACCACCAUGCUGAGGUGUGGGGUGGCCCCCUGGACCUCCAGCACCAGGUCCCACUAGCGGCUGCCAGCUCCACGGAAAAAAGAGAUGCACAGUCCCAUCCCAGGCCUGGGCAGGGUGAUGGUGUUCCUGGCAGCAGCCCUGGCGUCUGCCUCCCUCGCUGUUCCCGAGGGCUGGGGAGAGGAAGGUGUGCAGUACGGACAGGUGGGGACAGAUGUGACCCUGUUGUGUCCUGGUGCCCGUGACAGCUCACAGGUGCAAUGGAGACGGGCAGGUGCUGCAGCACUGCCAGAGGGCUCGGCCAUCCAGGAGGGAGCCCUGGUGCUGCCCCGUGCCAGCCUGGCCACUGCGGGAACCUACAGCUGCCACAGCGAGGACGGUGGCCUCCUGCACGCCGUGUCCCUGCGCAUGGGGCACCUGCCGGGGGUCCCAUUUGUGUCCUGCAGAGCGUCUGACUAUGAGAAUUUCUCCUGCUCCUGGACCUCCAGUGUGGAGACUUUCCUCCCCACCAGAUACAUCACGACCUACAGGAAGAAGUCGCUGACGGGUGAAGAGAGGCGGAGGAACAAGAACGGGCACAUGGGGCCAUGCCUGCAGGAUCCAUCCCAGCCUGGCACCUGCACUGUCCAUGGGUCAGAGUUCUGGAGCUCCUAUCGCCUGAACAUCACUGAGGUGAACCCGCUGGGCUCCAGCUUCCGUCUCCUUGACAUCACCAUGCAGGCCAUCAUUAAGCCAGACCCUCCAGAGGGCUUGGUGGUGGAGCCCAUCCCCCUGGCCCCACGGCGGCUCCUUGUGAGCUGGAAGUACCCUUCCUCUUGGCCCAAGGAGCCCCACUUCCAGCUCAGGUUCCGGCUCCAGUACCGGCCAGUCAUCCACCGCUCCUGGUCCGUGGUGGAGACAGUAAACCUCUCCGAGGUGAUCACGGAUGCCUUUGCUGGGCUGGAGCACGUGGUCCAAGUCAGUGCCAAGGAUUUCCUGGAUGCGGGGAACUGGAGCGACUGGAGUGUGGAGGCCCGGGCAACACCAGUCACAGACCCAGCCACCGUGGCAAUAGAAGAAACCACUACCGACACCAGCCUAGAGAGCCUGGCUGAGGAGCCCUCCCAGGCUCCCAACCCUGAGCCCAUCAACCGCAGCGAACCCCUGGAGAAGACAGCCAUCCUGGUGUCCCUCGGGAUCUUCGCCUUCUUCGUACUGGCUGCUGCUCUUGUCAUCACCAUCCUCAUCUGGCUCCGUGCGAGGAAACACAGCAAGGAUGAAACCAAACCCCACAACUUCUUGGUUGCUGCCACCCACUUGAAGGCAAGGCCAACAGGGGCUCAGAUCCUGUAGUGAGCCGUGGUUGAUUCCUUCUCCCUGCAUCCGCUUGCCCAUGCAUGGGACUUGAUGCCACUGCUGACCCCCAAGGACCCCACGCCUCCUGGGUCACCCCACAGCUGUGGACGUUUCCAGAGCCCCCAGCACCCUGGGGAUGCAGGAUGGACCCUAAGGAGAGAGACUUUGCUCCCAGGAGCUUUGGGCUGCUAAUGCCCACGAGUUGCCGGCUGGAGGCACCUGGGACUCAGGGCGACGGGUCAGCCCCGCCGCCAAGCGCUGCUGAACACAUGGGGAUGAGAUCCUGAGCCAGCCCCACUUCACUGCCUAGUGUCAAAGGGGAACCAUGGUAACAGGCUCUCAGGGGUGAGGGCAUCAGUGACCAAGGGGUGCUGAGCCCUGCCCGUCAUCUCUGCACCAGCCACCAGCAGGCAGAAGGGAACCCACCCACCCUGUCCCUCUGCUGUGCUGCAGCUGGAUGGAGCAGUGAUGCCAAUAAAGGGGAUAGCAUUGUCACUGCA